AUGACCUCUUCGAAUCCAGCCUCGCAACCGCACUUGCAGAUCUUCAACCAUCUUCGAACAUCUGGGAAUGAAAAUUUGACGUUCCCCAGUUUCUCCUUACUGCCCCCGGAAACCCGCAGCCAAAUAUGGUGUCACGCGUUAAAACGGGAGCGCCUGAUAAAAAUUUACUUUCAGAAACAUUAUCAUUUCACGCCAGAGCGACCCAAACCAAAUGGCGAGAUGCCGCAGUAUCAGAUUAUGGUUGAUGGACGGAAAACCCUGAGCAAACUGCUAAGAGUAAAUCAAGAAUCACGACAGACUGCGCUGCGGUUUUACCGGGUGAAAAUCCCGUGCAAAUUCAGCCAUAGUCCAGAGGAUGAGUACGUCUACGAGGCGGUUGGACAGCCGGUGAAAGCAAAACCGGGGGUUUUAUAUUUCAACCCAGAAUAUGAUUUCCUAGAGAUUGCAUCCGAGUCAUGGCGAGGGGACGAUCUGUUUGACCUGGCAUAUCAUCUGAAAAAGACCUACGAUCCCAGUCAUAUCGGACUACUGAAUCUAGCUAUUGGGGGGGGGAAUAGUUUGUCAGUGACCGACCUUGAGCAAAUUAAUCCUGUGGAUGUCAAUGCUCAGAUUCGGCAAGUCUUUCAAGAGACCCUUGCGCAGCUACGAGAAGUCUUUUUUAUUACCAGAACGAGAGCAGGGCGUCGUAUCUUGGGAUUAGCAAGUGGUAUCCCAGUGGCCGAUUCCCACAAAUGCAUCUUUAAUCGAUCGUUCCCAAUUGCCACAGUGACACCAGGAUUUGAGCGCCUGAAACGCGACCCUCGCUUGAUUUCAGAAGAUUUGAAACAAACGCAUGUUGGAGAAGGACCGAUGCGGAUGGCUUAUUACUGGCAAAGCCUGUUAGAUAGAUGGAGUGUUUCUGCCUCCCAGAUUACCUACCAGUUUAUCCUGGCCUUUGAACCACCUUUUUUGAGUCACGAGAUCAAGGACUGCGGGAGUGCCAGCCGAUGGUUGCAAGAGGAAGACGACGAGUGGACUGGGAAAUGGCGGCUCGAUGACGAGAUCAAAGAUGGAUACUGGGCCAAACGCCGCUCGCAUAUUCGCAAUGAAUUUUAUUUUGAUAUGGUGGGCGCCUUGGAGGGGGAGAAUAAAUAUGAGGAUUUGGAGAAAGCUGUUAAGCCCGUGUUUGGCUUUUGGAUCUUUCCUCUCCGGCUAUUCGGGAAGAUUCCAUCUUCAAAGAAGGAGUGCUGGGAGGUGGACAGUAAACAGACCUUGGAUCUGUCUGAUCAUUUGCCUGGGCUAGGCAUCUCAUUGUUUUAG